AUUUGUCGAAUGCAUUAUAGCGAAUGCCAGCCAAAAUCGUUGUUUAAAAAAGUUUCCAAAGAAUAUCAGCACGGGUCUUAACCAAUCUGUGUAUCAUAUUGUGACAUCGCUUGAUAGGGAAGAGGCACUUGAGUUUUCUGGCACCAGUCUUCCAGUUUAGCUAUAACUUGCAUCGUAUUUAGUUGUGUGUGGACAAAGCUACAAGCAAAACUUAUUUUUUGGACAGUUGUGACGGCCGUCAUGGCCGAGGAUAAAGCUGCAACAAACGGUGGAAGCUCCCAACAGGCGCCUGCAGAAGAUGUUGGGGUGCAGAGAAGGCAACAACUCGCUGGUCUGUCCUCAAUUCCAGAGGGAGCCGAAGCAGCAGAAGAGGAUGAGGAGGAUGCAAUGGUGGGGCCUGUCCUACCAAAGGCGAGGAAAAGGAGGAAAUUGGAGCACGAGCAGGAUUUUCUGCAUGCGCUGCCAUCAGCAGAGAUGUACGAGCGCAGCUACAUGCACCGAGACGUGGUCACACAUGCUGUGGUCGCCGCUGAUGUGGACUUUCUCAUCACCGGCUCUGCUGAUGGCCACAUAAAGUUCUGGAAGAAGCGCGCAACCGGCAUCGAGUUUGCAAAGCACUUCCGGGCGCAUCUGGGUCCUGUAAAGGGGCUGUCUGUGAGCCCUGACGGCUCGCUGCUAGUGAGCAUGUCGGAUGACAAAUCAAUAAAGGUGUUUGACAUCCCCAACAUUGACAUGAUGGCCAUGCUCCGCCUCACCUUCGUGCCAUCAUGCACGGAAUGGAUCUUCAGGAGAGGGGACUCCAACACAAAGCUGGCCGUGGCAGAGCUGGAGGGCCCAUCAGUGCAUGUCUACGACGUGCGCUCAGGCAGUGAAGAGCCGAUGGAGAGCUUCAAAGUGCACAGGGCGCCAGUGGUAGUCAUGCGCUACAAUGCAGCGCAUGACACUGUCAUCUCCAUCGACCAGAAAGGGAUGAUCGAGUACUGGAGAUCAACCGGGCAAGCCUUCCCUGAGGAGGACGUGGAUUUCAGCAGCAAGCUGGACACAGACCUCUAUGCUCACGCAAAGGCGAAGACCGCUGUGCAGUCCCUGGAGGUCUGCAGGGACGGCUCGCAAUUCGUGACCUUCUCCUCUGACAGGCGGGUGCGGGUGUUUUGGUUUGGGAGCGGACGGCUGCGGCGGGUGUACGACGAGUCGCUGGAGGCGGCGGCGGAGCUGCAGAGCAGUGACAGCGUUCUGGCGCGCCUGGACCCCAUGGACUUCGGCCGCCGUGUCGCAGUCGAGAAGGAGCUGCUUGCCGACGCUGCCGCUCCGCACCAGAACGCUAUUUUUGACGACUCCGGCAACUUCGUGCUCUUCUCCACCCUCCUGGGCAUCAAGGUGGUAAACCUGGUCUCGAACCGGGUGGCGCGCAUUCUGGGUAAGGUGGAGAACUCGGAGCGCUUCCUGCGGCUGGCGCUGUACCAGGGCGUGCCCUCUUCCGGCACCACCAAGACCAAGCGCCUUGGCGCCGGCGUCAAGGUGCACGAGACCGACCCCACCCUCGUCGCCUGCGCGCACAACCGCCCGCGCCUCUUCCUCUUCACCCGCCGCGAGCCCGCCGACGCCGACGACGCCACCGGCGGCAGGGACGUAUUCAACGAGAAGCCGUCGCUGGAGGAGGUGGGCGCGGUGGACGGCGCGGCCGGCGGCGACGAGGCUGCGGAGGUGCUGCCCCGGGGCGCGGUGAUCCACACGACCAAGGGCGACAUAACGCUCAAGCUGUUCCCAGACGAGUGCCCCAAGACGGUGGAGAACUUUGCGAUGCAUGCGCGCAACGGCUACUACGAAGGCAUCAUCUUCCACCGCGUCAUCAAGGGCUUCAUGCUCCAGACCGGCGACCCCCUCGGAGACGGCACCGGUGGGCAGAGCAUUUGGGGCGGCGAGUUUGAGGACGAGUUUAGCCGCAACCUCCGGCACGACCGUGCCUUCACUGUCUCAAUGGCCAAUGCAGGGCCUGGGACAAAUGGCUCACAGUUCUUCAUCACCACUGUGCCCACGCCCUGGCUGGACAACAAGCACACUGUGUUUGGGAGGGUAGUGAAGGGCGCAGAUGUGGUGCAAACGAUUGAGAAGGUGAAGACAGACCGCUUUGACAAGCCAUUUGAGGAUGUCAAAAUGGUCAACAUUGAGAUCAAGACUUCCGUUGACUGAUUCUGUAGCAUAAUGACCAACGAAACACUGCUCCUCCAAUGAGUCUUCUGACCAACAUGAGCUGCCAUGUGACCAAGGUUGUAAAAGGUUGCUAAGAC